AUGCAUCCAAAUGAGAAAAAUCUAUCUGGUCAAAAUAGGUUUUUAUGCAUAAAUGACAAAUUCGAUAUGGAAUAUUUCAUUUCAGAUGUUUCUAAUUUACUGUUUGUUAGUUGGAUUUUAAAUGUGUUAAUUUUUCUCUCGGAAUGUGACUAAUUUCUCCAAACAUCUCACAUGUUGAUUUGCAUUUGGGUAUCCUGGAGACUUCCAAUAUGUGAAACAGCAACCACACUGGCAACAAGAUACAUUACCGCAAUAUCAUAAUACCAUAAACCCAAUUUCUCACCCCAAGCAUGUUGAAAUAGCAACACCUAUAGUGCAGUGCCAUCCACCAUCUGGUCAUCUAUCUCAUGUCACCACCAUCUAGUCUAGUGGGCCAGUAGAUGGCCUGCUACUCUACGUCUGCGUCUCAAAUAGCACGCUAUAUCUCAUGUAGUGCACUACAUUAUAGUGCAGUCCAGGAUGGGCUAAAAAGUAGGGCACUACAUCAGGAAUAGGAUGAACUCCAGUCAAAAGUAGUGCACUACCUCAGGAAUAGGAUGGGACUCCGGUCAAAAGUAGUGCACUACCUCGGGAUUAGGAUGGGACUCCAGUCGAAAGUAGUGCACUGCAUUUUGAAUUGGAUAUGUUGGGCUAUGGUCAACAGCAGUGCACUACAUUUGGAAUAGACUAGGUUGUGUCUCUGGUCAACAGCAGUGCACUACAUAGGGAAUAGGGUGUGAUUUGAGACACAGCCCCUAUAAUAGCCCUGUUUUCUGCCCCUUCCUUCCAGAUGAUGGCCCUUACUCUAAAGGGAACAAAGACUCACAAGGGACAGACAAUUCCCUGACCGCCAGGAGACAGAGUAUCCCAGGUACACCACUGAGUUCCUUUACUCUCCGGCUGCUCAUCUCAGCUCUCUCUCUCUCUCUCUGGUCUCUUUCUGGUCUCUCUGGUAUGUCUCUGGUCUCUCCCUGGUAUCUUUCUCACUGGCUCUCCAUAGCUGACAGUUGUCUUUCUCUCUCUUAGUUUCUUUCUCUGGUUUCUCUGGCUCUUUGGCUUUGCAGUUCAUCUCUCUCUCUCUAGUCUAUUUCUCUAUGGCUCCACACCUCACAGCUCUCUCUCUCUAGUCUCUUUCUCUCUGGCUCCACACCUCACAGCUCUCUCUCUCUGCUCUCGCUCUCUCUCUAGUCUCUUUCUCUCUGGCUCCACAACUCACAGCUCUCUCUCUCUGCUCUUGAUCUCACUCUAGUCUCUUUCUCUCUGGCUCCCAACCCACAGGCUCUCUCUGCCUCUCCCCUCUCUUAGUCUAUUCUCCUGGCCCUCCCACACCCACAGCUCCCUCUCUCUCUCUCGGGUCUCUUUCUAUCUUCUUGCUCCCAACGCUCACAGCUCUCUCUCUCUCUCUGGUCUCUUUCUCUCUGGCUCCACACCUCACAGCUCUCUCUCUGCUCUCUCUCUCUCUCUAGUCUAUUUCUCUCUGGCUCCACACCUCACAGCUCUCUCUCUCUCUCUCCCUCUGUCGCUUUCUACUCCUCCUUUCUUUGCUCCACACCUCACAGCGCUCUCUUCUCUCUCUCUCUCUCUCUCUCUGGUCUCUUUCUCUCUUGACUCCACACCUCACAGCUCUCUCUCUCUCUCUGGUCUCUUUCUAUCUUGCUCCACACCUCACAGCCUCGCUUCUCCUCUCUCUGGUCUCUUUCUCUCUUGUCUCCUCUCUCUCAGCUCCUCUCUCUCUCUGGUCUCUUUCUCUUUCUUCUCUGGUCUCUUUCUCUCUGGUUCUCUCUCUCUGGUCUCUCGCUCUCUGUUCUCUCUCUCUCUGGUCUCUCUCUCUCUGGUCUCUUUCUCUCUGGUCUCUCUCUCUCUCCAUGGUCUCUUUCUCUCUGGUCUCUUUCUCUCUGGCUUCUCUCUCUGGUCUCUCUGUCUGGUCUCUCUCUGUCUGGUUUCUCUCUGUCUGGUCUCUCUCUCUCUCUGGUCUCUCUGUCUGGUCUCUCUCUGUCUGAUGUCUCUCUCAUCUCUCUCUCUCUGGUCUCUCUCUCUCUGGCCUCUCUCUCUCUGGUCUCUUUCUCUCUGGUCUCUCUCUCUCUGGUCUCUUCUCUGGUCUCUCUCUGGUCUCUCUCCGUCUGGUUCUCUCUCGUUCUCUCUGUCUGGCUCUCUCUUCAUCUCUCUCUCUCUGGUCUCUCUCUCUCUGGUCUCUUUCUCUCUGGUCUCUUUCUCUCUGGUCUCUCUCUGGUCCUCUCUCUGGUCUCUUCUCUCUGGCUCUCUCUGGUCUCUUCUCUGGUCUCUUUCUCUCCUGUCUGGUCUCUCUCUCUGGGUCUCUCUCUUCUGGUCUCUCUCUCUCUCUCUGGUCUCCUCUCUCUCUCUCUCUCUCUGGUCUCUCUCUGUCUGGUCCUCUCUCUCUCUCUCUGGUCUCUCUUUCUCUGGUCUCUUCUCUGGCUCUCUCUCUCUCCUCUGGUCUCUUCUCUCUGUCUGGUCUCUCUCUCCUCCUCUGGUCUCUCUCUCUGGUCUCUCUUCUGGUCUUUCUCUCUGGUUCUCUCUCUCUGGUCUCUUUCUCUCCUGGUCUCUCUCUCUUGGUCCUCUCUCUUUCUCUCUUGGUCUCUCUGUCGUCCUCUCUGUCUUUCUCUGGUCUCUCUCUCUCUGGCUCUCUGGUCUCUCUCCUGGUCUCCUCUCUCUCUCACUGGUCUUCUCUGUCUCUUCUCGUCUCUCUUGGUCUCUCUCCUGGUCCUCUUCUCUCUGGUUCUCUCUCUCUGGUCUCUCUCUCUGAUGUCCUCUCUCUCUCUCUGGUCUCUCUCUGGUCUCUUUCUAUCUGGAUCUCUCUCUGCGUCUCUCUCUAUGGUCUUCUUUCUCUCUGGUCUUCUUGGUCUCUCUCUCUCUCUCUCUGGUCUCUCUCAGUUUCUGAUUUCUCUCUCGUCUCUCUCUCUACUCUCUGGUCUCUCUCUCUGGUUCCUCUCCUCUGGUCUCUCUCUCUCUAUCUGGUCUCUCUCUUUCUGGUCUUCUAAUUGUCUCACUCUCUGGUCUACUUUCUCUGUCUGGUCUCUCUCUGGUUCUCCUUCUCUCUGGUCUCUUUCUCUCUGGUCUCGCUCUCUGGUAUCUCUCUCUCGUAUCUCUCUCUCUGGGGUUCUCUCUCUCUCUGGUCUCUCUCUCUGGUCUCUCUUUUUCUCUGGUGUCUCUCUCUGUCUGGUCUCUCUCUGUCUGAUUUCUCUGUUGUCUCUCUCUGGUCCCUCUCUCUGGUCUCUCACUCUGUCUGGUCUCUCUUUGUCUCUGGUCUCUUUCUCUGGCCUCUCUCUCUCUGGUCUCUCUCUCUGUGGUCUCUCUCGCUCUGGUCUCUUUCUCUCUGGUCUCUCUCUCUGGUCUCUCCCUUUCUCUCUGAUCUCUCUCUCUCUCUCUCUGGUCUCUCUCUCUGGUCUCUCUCUCUGGUCUCUUUCUUUCUUUCUGAUCUCUCUCUCUCUCUGGUCUCUCUCUGGUAUCUCUCUCUCUCUGGUCUCUACUCUCUCUGGUAUCUCUCUCUCUCUCUCCACAGUUCACAGUUCUCCUUCUUUCUUCCUCUAGCUCUUACUGUAUCUCUCUCUCUCUCUUUGGUUUCUUCCUCUCUGACCGCUCAUCUCUCUCUCUCUCUCUCUCUCUCUCUCUCUCUCUCUUAGCAGGGAUGGCUUGAUUCUGCCCUAGAGAGUACACACUACAUUACACUACACUGCGCACCAUGCCAAGUUCUAAACUAAAGCAUGUAGAUGAUGAUGAUGAUGAUGAUGAUUUUCUCUGGUCUCUUUCUCUUAGGCCUCUCUCUCUGGUCUCUCUCUCUGUCUGGUCUCUCUCUAUCUGGUAUCUCUCUCUCUGGUCUCUCUCGCUCUCUCUGGUCUCCCUCCCUCUCUCUCUGGUCUGUCUCUGUCUGGUCUCUCUCUCUCUCUCUGGUCUCUUUCUCUCUGGUUUCUCUCUCUCUGGUCUCUCUCUCUUUUCUCUCUCUCUCUGGUCUCUCUCUCUGGUCUCUUUCUCUCUGAUCUCUCUCUGGUCUCUCUCUCUGGUCUCUUUCUCUCUGGUCUCUCUGGUCUCUCUCUCUCUCUCUGGUCUCUCUCAGUCUGAUUUCUCUCUCGUCUCUCUCUCUCUCUCUCUGGUCUCUCUCUCUGGUCUCUCUCUUUCUGGUCUCUCUCUGCUCUCUCUCUGGUCUCUUUCUCUGUCUGGUCUCUCUCUGGUCUCCUUCUCUCUGGUCUCUUUCUCUCUGGUCUCGCUCUCUGGUAUCUCUCUCUCGUAUCUCUCUCUCUGGUCUCUCUCUCUGGUCUCUCUUUUUCUCUGGUGUCUCUCUCUGUCUGGUCUCUCUCUGUCUGAUUUCUCUGUUGUCUCUCUCUCUCUGGUCCCUCUCUCUGGUCUCUCACUCUGUCUGGUCUCUCUCUCUCUCUGGUCUCUCUCUCUGUGGUCUCUCUCGCUCUGGUCUCUUUCUCUCUGGUCUCUCUCUCUGGUCUCUUUCUCUCUGAUCUCUCUCUCUCUCUCUGGUCUCUCUCUCUGGUCUCUUUCUCUCUGAUCUCUCUCUCUCCUGGUCUCUCUCUGGUAUCUCUCUCUCUCUGGUCUCUCUCUCUCUCUGGUAUCUCUCUCUCUCUCUCCACAGUUCACAGUUCUCCUUCUUCCUUCCUCUAGCUCUUACUGUAUCUCUCUCUCUCUCUAUUUGGUUUCUUCCUCUCUGACUGCUCAUCUCUCUCUCUCUCUCUCUCUCUCUCUCUCUCUCUCUCUCUCUCUCUCUCUCUCUCUCUCUCUCUCAGCAGGGAUGGCUUGCUUCUGCCCUGGAGAGUACACACUACAUUACACUACACUGUGCCAAGUUCUAAACUAAGGCAUGUAGAUGAUGAUGAUGAUGAUGAUGGGGAGUCUGUAUUCUGCUGCUCAUACUCCCUGGUCGUGUUCGCUCUUCCUCUUAUUUUCAUGUUGCAAAGUGUUGUGGGAUGAUAACUGUAAUUAGCUUGAUGUAUAGUGGGGGGUAACAUCAAACAUACAGGAUGUCUUCUUUCUUCAGCAGUUGUGUCAGAACACAGUGCUCCGUUCUUCCAGAACCAUGACUGCUGUACAGAAAUACUACCUAACUCAUUAUGAUAAAAGAGAGCCGUGUUACGCUCUUACGGUGCUUAAUGUCAAAAUAUGUAAUAUUUGAAGAAGUAUAACGUUCACCAUAUACAUUGUGAUUUAAAAUGGAAUCCUCUAGACUAGCACCAGCUUGUAUUUCAACACAGUAUUUCAUCUCAAAUUUCAACAUUUCACGGUGCUUUAAGUUCAGACUGUGUCCCGAGGCUAAAUGUGAAGUGGUAUAAUUAUAGUGUGUUGUUAUUGGGGCUGUUGUGGUGACCGUAUUACCGCCACACCGGCAGUCACGAGUCAUGAAGGCAGUCAAAUUCCACGUGACCGUUUAGUCACGGUAAUUAGGCUUCUCCAAGCUCUGAUGCUGCUGAUGGUCAUUAGUAGCCUACCAAACUUGCUAACUGCCUGGUACUCAGCACUCUAUUGUCCCUGUAAUCACUCUGACAUCAAUGCAAAUGUAAUCGAAAAUCUAAUCAAACACUUCAUGAGAGCCCAUGAGCUCAUGUUGCGCAACAUUUCAAUAGGCUAUGUAAUUGCGAGAGAAAACUGAGUGAUGGCCUCUAUUAAAAAGAGGAGGAUCCCAUCAGCUUUCUAUAGGCUAGGCCUACUAUAUUUAUUUCUCAAAUCUCCUAAUAUUAAGCACAUUGCUUAUAUUUACAACAGGAGUAUAGCCUACCUGGCUGGCAUGAAAAUGAUCCACGGGAAAAGCCUCCUCCAUUCACUAUUUAUGUGCAUAUAUGAUAUAUGUAUUUUUUCCCCUGCCCCAGUUUCGAGACAGGUGCAUGAUAAUGGUCUGUUCAAAAUCAUAAAAAAUGUCACACAUACAUUAUUUAAUAUAUGUAAAGACAAUAUUAAAUCAAGAAUAGUCUGAUGGGUGACAAUAUUAGCCUAUCACUUGAAUGAUGCCCAGCAUAAGGAAAGUGUCACGUUCGUUGAAUGACGGGUCAGACCAAGGCGUAGCGUGAUAUACGUACAUGUUUAUUAAACUUAAUAAACACACGACAAAACAACAACGGAAACGAAACGUGAAGUCCUAAGGUUGUACAUACAACGAACCUUACCCGGAACAAGAUCCCACAACUAGACAGUGCCAAUAGGCUGCCUAAGUAUGGUCCCCAAUCAGAGACAACGAGCGACAGCUGCCUCUGAUUGGGAACCACACCGGCCAACAUAGAUAAUACAACAUAGAACAUACACAACAAAGAAUAUACACACCCUGACUCAACAUAUAAGAGUCCCCUGAGUCAGGGUGUGACAGAAAGAAACAAUGCCUUUUUUUUGCGACUUUUUCGAAUCAUAGUCGCACACCUCAUGUAGCCUAGCCCGUAGGCCUAUAUGUUUUAAUAAGGUUUGUAAGCAGCGUGUGAGUUUCAAGUUUGGGGGAGAUAAGUAGGGCGGCAGGUAGCUUAGUGGGUAAGAGCGUUGUGCCAGUAACCGAAAGGUCGCUGGUUCUAAUCCCCGAGCCGACUAGGUGAAAAAUCUGUCGAUGUGCCCUUGAGCAAGGCACUUAACCCUAAUUGCUCCUGUAAGUCGCUCUGGAUAAGAGCGUCUGCUAAAUGACUAAAAUGUAAAAAUGUAAAUGUAUAAUUUUCACCAUAAAAAUGCACCUUUAUAAUAAAAGCAUUACAUGCAUAAUCGCAGUUGCGGUCACUUUUUAUAAUUGUGUUUUCCCGCUAAUGGAACACUAGCGCUUAUAGUCUACUGCAUUGCUGCGCUUAUAAUGUGAAGAAAUAGCCUAUUCGUUUAUCACAUUUUAAGCUAAAUGUUCUAAUCUGUUGCGUUAGCCUCAUUUUUUUAAAUGCUAGUGGUUGUAUUCAUUUGGAGCUAUCGCAUCCCACAACUGUCCCACACUAUGUUUGGAAUAUUAAUUUCUCGCACAAAAUAUAAUUGGUCAACUUUGCACUAUGGGGGAUAGUAGAUUGACAUAGGCUAGUGUUUUUGCUGUUCGUUAGGCCUACUCAUCUUGUUGGCUGACGAAAAGUAAAUGUGAACAGUUCUUCCAAUAUCUUCAAUAUGCACCUCGGAAUUGGAUAAGGACGCGCGCAGUUGCGUCCCCGAUGUGUCUGUCUUCACUUGUAGCCUGUGAAAAAUACCUGAUCACAUGCUGGAGAGCCAUGUGAGUGAGAGGUGCUUCGGAGCGUGCAGCACUCAGGGAGAAGGGCACAACGCAGCACUCCAGGCCAAGGGCACAACGGCCACUGGCCGCAAAGGGGUGUAUUAUGGCCACACAAAGGGGAUGCCACCGGGAUAUUCGAGGCAUUAUCAAGUGCUUGUCAAAUUGUGAAUGAGAGACUGAUGAAGUGUGUACAGCCUGCGCAAAAAAACUAAGCAGAGCUCAUGAAAAAAUCAAAACAUAUGUCAGAGGAAGGCCCUAAAAAUUGCCAAAAGCCUCCAGCCAUCCUAGUCAUAGACUGUUCUCUCUGCUACCGCACGGCAAGCGGUACCGGAGCGCCAAGUCUAGGUCCAAAAGGCUUCUUAACAGCUUCUACCCCCAUAAGACUGCUGAACAGCUAAUCAAAUGUCUACCUUGGACUAUUUGCAUUGAAUCCCCCUUUAUUUUGUAUUAUUAUUUGUUUGUACGCUGCUGCUACUCGCUGUUUAUUAUCUAUGCAUAGUCACUUUAUCCCUACCUACACGUACACCACCAGUCAGAAGUUUGGACACACCUACUCAUUCCAGGGUUUUUCUUUAUUUUUUCUAUUUUCUACAUUGAAGAAUAAUAGUGAAGACAUCAAAACUAUGAAAUAACACAUAUGGAAUCAUGUAGUAACCAAAAAUGUGUUAAACAAAUCCAAAUGUAUUUUAUAUUUGAGAUUCUUCAAAUAGCCAUAACAGUAUAAUCUUGGUUUCAUCAGACCAGAACAUUUUGUUUCUCAUGGUCUGAGAGUCUUUAGGUGCCUUUUGGCAAACUCCAAGCGGGCUGUCAUGAGCCUUUUACUGAGGAGUGGCUUCUGUCUGGCCACUCUACCAUAAAGGCCUGAUUGGUGGAGUGCUGCAGAGAUGGUUGUCCUUCUGGAAGGUUCUCCCAUCUCCACAGAGAAACUCUAGAGCUCUGUCAGAGUGACCAUCAGGUUCUUGGUCACCUCCCUGACCAAGACCCUUCUCCCCCGAUUUCUCAGUUUGGCCGGGCGGCCAGCUCUAGGAAGAAGAGUCUUAGUGGUUCCAAACAUUUUCCAUUUAAGAAUGAUGGAGGCCACUGUGUUCUUGGGGACCUUCAAUACGGCAGAAAUGUUUGUGCCUCGACACAAUCCUGUCUCGGAGCUCUAAGGACAAUUAUUUUGACCUCAUGGCUUGGGUUUUGCUCUGACAUGCACUGUCAACUGUGGGACCUUAUAUAGACCGUUGUGUGCCUUUCCAAAUCAUGUCCAAUCAAUUGAAUUUACCACAAGUGGACUCCAAUCAAGUUGUAGAAACAUCUCAAGGGUGAUCAAUGGAAAAAAGGAUGCACCUGAGCUCAAUUUCGAGUCUUAUAGCAAAGGGUCUGAAUAAGGUAUUUCUUUCUAAAAACCUGUUUUCACUUUGUCAUUAUGGGGUAUUGUGUGUAGAUUGUUGAGGAAAAUGUUUUAUUGAAUCCAUUUUAGAAUAAGGCUGUAACGUAACAAAAUGUGGAAAAAGUCAAGGGGUCUGAAUACUUUCCGAAGGCACCCUAUAAUGUAUACUGUCCAUUGACUCUGUGUUUCUGUGUGUUCUUGUGGUUGUGAAGGCUUGGUUACUAUAUGAUGUCUACUGUCCAUUGACUCUGUGUUUGUUUGUUCUUGUGGUUGUGUUUGGGGUAGAAGAUCUGCGGGGCGUGACGAUAGUAGAGCUGAUUAAGAAGGAAGGCAGCACCUUGGGCCUCACCAUCUCUGGAGGAACAGACAAGGAUGGAAAGCCCCGUGUCUCUAACCUACGGCCGGGAGGACUGGCUGCCAGGUGAGAUCUCUAUUGUUUACAGUAUUCCAGCAUAGACCAUUAUAUUAUGUGUUAGCUUGUUCCUCUGUCUCAUACCAUCAUGGAAUUCUUUCAUAUCAUUAUUUUGUAUCUAAUCAACCCAAAACAUCGAAAGCAAUGGCCAGGUGAGAUCUCCAUUCUCCACCAAAACACACAGGAGAGAGAGAGCAGCUCUUCCAUACACUGAGUAUACAAAACAUUAAGAACACCUGCUCUUUCCAUGACAUAGACUGACCAGGUGAAUCCAGCUGAAAGAUAUGAUCCCUUAUUGAUGUUACUUGUUAAACCCACUUGAAUCAGUGUAGAUGAAGGGGAGGAGACAGGUUAAAGAAGGAUUUUUAAACCUUGAGAGAAUUGAGACAUGGAUUGUGUAAUUCAGAGGGUGAAUGGGCAAAAAUGUAAGUGCCUUUGAACGGGGUAUGGUAGUAGGUGCCAGGCGCACCGGUUUGUGUCAAGAGCUGCAACACUGCUGGGUUUUUCACGCUCAACAGUUUCCCGUGUGUAUCAAGAAUGGUCCACCACCCAAAGGACAUCCAGCCAACUUGACACAACUGUGGGAAGCAAUGGAGUCAACAUGAGACAGCAUCGCUGUGGAACGCUUUCGACACCUUAUAGAGUCCAUGCCCGGCGAAUUGAGGUUGUUCUGAGGGCAAAAGAGGGGGGGGUGGUGCAACUCAAUAUUAGGAAGGUGUUCCUAAUGUUUGGUAUAUUCAGUGUACGUAAGACAGCACUACAUGUUUUCUGCCUAGAAUAGACUAGAAACAUUUUAUUGUCCAUUAAAAUGGAACUGACAGCAGUUUAACUACCUUGCCGCUAUGAAACAAACAGACAAUCAUAAUAUCAGUCAAAGAAAUCUAAUUCCCAGUUGAUGCUACAAAACCAACUUAAAGUUCAAUGACGUACAGUAAGCCAUUGUUGGCAGAAUAGAUGGAUGCAGUUCAAUGCAUGAUUCAUAUAGCUAAUUCACCAAUACAUUUCUUGGUUGUCCUACAAAUAUUGCUAUCAGGUUUUAAAUCACAGCUGGCCUGGUAUAUUUUUCGCUGCAACCAGCCAUUCGGGAUGCACUUUUUUUCAGUUUCAAUGACUCAAUAUUUUUGACAAAACAAAUUGACCAACGUAACCAAGGCUGUGAAUGUCAAUACAAUCAAACUAGCAAAGUCAAUGAUCACAAGUCAGUCAUAACGUGGCUAAUAGGCUAGCGUAUCUAUUUAUUUAGCGAUCUAAAAGCACUGAGCCAAACGUUGGAAGGAUGUCAUGUCCUUUGGUGAGUGGCCGACUUUUUCACCCCCAUAUCGUUUUUUCUGUUGCUACAGCUAGAGGUGCAGGUAUCAUUUGGUUAGCUAGCAAGAAACGUGAAUCAUAUAGCUAGUGUUGGGUUCUAUUUUUCUCAUAAUUGGAUCUGUAUGUGAUGAAUAGCUGGGAAGGAAUGCAUUAAUGAGGAGCAUAGGUUUGAACUGUACUGAUAUGGAUUGUUUCACAUAGCAGGCUGUGAUUCAUGUGGGGAACGUUAGGGGCUAGGAUGAGAUAAGACUUGUAUUUCUCACAGAUACGAACACUCUCUCUUUGUUGUCUGUGAAACCGUCCUUGAACGUGGGUACAUGGAGUACAGUGGAAUGGUGUCUUUUGGGUGCUGACUCCACAGGUUAUUAUGAUAGCAACUUAUGCCUGGGAACGGUGAAGUGCCAAGGGGUGGGACUAACCCGUGCACCAACGGAUUGGCUGAGUGGAGUCUGGACCACACUCAGUCCUUUGCUCUGGUUGGCCAACAGAAGAGGUGGAGGCUUUCUGUCAGAGUAUUUGAAGAAGAACUUAGAACAAUGGAUCAGUUCUCUGAGUGCCCUGCGUGGUAUUUCAGUGGACCCGUAUAUACGAACCUUCAUACUUAUCAUACAUACAUUUUGCAUAUAAUAAAUUAAGCUUGGAUUGAAGAUCUCUUGAUUCUUAUUCCAAUACCAGAUUUGAAUUACGCAAUUUCUAACACUAGCUAUGCUAAACUUGAACGACUGCUAUCGACAGUUAGCGUAGCUCUUAGCUGUCAAUCAAAUGUAUUUGGCAUCGAUCAAAUGGGAGGGCAGCCGGGCAAGUUCCCAUUCAGUUGUCAAAACGUGGGUUGGGAGAAGCAUGCAUUGGCAGACAAGCUGCAGAAGGACAAGCAGGCUAGUAUUCCCCAUCGUUUAUCAGUGCAAUUUUAACGGGCCAACUACAAGCUAAAGAAGUUUGAGGGGGUUUAUCUACUGUUCCCUCUUUAGAUUUGAGCUCAUCUCGCUCUGGCUAACAUGAGUUGUUGAUCUUGUUGUUGAUGUGCAUAGGCAACUGAGGAACAGAGCCUAUAGGACUGUAAAGUUCCCAAAUGUAAAAGGACUCAUGGUAUUUACAUAUUUGCAUAAAUCCAUUCAGGUGUAUUUUGUGGCUUUUGGCGAAUGCUUUCUAAUGUUGAAAAGUUGCGCUGUUGCUACUGCCUGUAAAUACACAGUCCAGCUCAAAGUGAAUGGUGGCAGGCCCGUGUGGCAAAUGGCUUAUUUGCGUAUAGGCCUACCAUAGCUCUGAUUGGCUAUGGCGCACCGGUCUGUGUAGAGUCCGGCCCUGAGGUGCGUUCAGUUCGCUUGAACGUUUGCUACGUUGUAGAACGGUUUGUACUGAACGACACGUUUUCCAAAAAUGUUCUUGUAAGUUCUUGAAUAGACUUUGAGGUACGUUUGCUCCCGUUUGGUGGUUGUGGCGAGGUUUGGCUUGAAGCAAUGAGUGACUUAUUUAAAGGGUAGUGGCCAUGCUGACAACGUUUCCGUUCAAUUGAACGUUCCAGAACGUAAAAACGUACUGAACGCAGCCCUGGAAAAGACUGAGACGUUUUUAUUAGGUUUUAUUUUCUGCAGUGUCUAUCAAUUUUCCAAACGCAUGGCCGCUUUCCCACUCUAUAUUGCUACAGAAUUUUCACUUCUCAGAAUAUGUAUAAAAUAAAAUAUUAAGAGGUUUUAAAAAUAUUUUAUGUUGCUAAACUGCUGUCAGUUCCCACUUGAAUGUAUAUAAAAUAAAACAAAUCCUUCCACUCUGCUAGACCACCAUUCCCUCACUUUUACUGAAUGUGCAUUCAUGCAGCCUCAGUACAGGACAACAUGUUCCUUGACUAGCGCCUAGACCUCCAUCCCCUCGGCCACCAUUCACAGCCACAGAUGCAGUCAUGCUGUAUCAGCUAAUCAGACCCUGAUGUAGGAAGAACCAUCUGACGUUUCAUUUCACUAGAAGGCAGAGUUCCAAAGGAAUGUUUAAGGACUAGGAUGAUGACGCUAAAAAUAGGCGCAUAGUCUUAUGUCAUUAUGUGUAAAGAUACUGACUGACCUGUCUGUCUUUUUAAAGAAGGCGUUCCCCGGAGGAGACUUACGGUUGAGCUGCUCUGCUUGAACCUUAGCUGGACAAUUUAUAUAGAAAGUGGCUUUUAUCCAAAGCUGUCUGACUCUGAAUAAAGAAAGUGGGACAUGUAAAAGUCUGAAUUAAUCUCAUGACUGGCAUAUUUAAUUCAGAUACAAUAUCAGCUAAAUGAGCAAUGUACCAAAGAUAAAGCAGUAUUUAUUAUGUGAGCAGUGUUGCUGUUCAGGCGUAUGGUGCUUCACAGUGACUGUGGGAAGACACUAAUGGUUGAGACUCCUAGAUUGCAGCAUAAUAGCCUAUUGGCAUUGUUGAUCUGUCAGCAUGUGUAUCUGUCAACACUUUCAUCUCUAGUGGGUGUAUGAGAAGUCCUUUAAUCUAGUGGGUGUAUGAGAAGUCCUUUAAUCUAGUGGGUGUAUGAGAAGUCCUUUAAUCUAGUGGGUAUAUCAGAAGUCCUUUAAUCUAGUGGGUGUAUGAGAAGUCCUUUAAUCUAGUGGGUGUAUGAGAAGUCCUUUAAUCUAGUGGGUGUAUGAGAAGUCAUUUAAUCUAGUGGGUGUAUGAGAAGUCCUUUAAUAUAGUGGGGUGUAUGAGAAGUCCUUUAAUCUAGUGGGUAUAUCAGAAGUCCUUUAAUCUAGUGGGUGUAUGAGAAGUCCUUAAUCUAGUGGGUGUAUGAGAAGUCCUUAAUCUAUGGGGUGUAUGAGAAGUCCUUUAAUCUAGUGGUGUAUGAGAAGUCCUUUAAUUUUAGGGGUGUAUGAGAAGUCCUUUAAUCUAGUGGGUGUAUGAGAAGUCCUUUAAUCUAGUGGGUGUAUGAGAAGUCCUUUAAUCUAGUGGGUGUAUGAGAAGUCAUUUAAUCUAGUGGGUGUAUGAGAAGUCCUUUAAUCUAGUGGGUGUAUGAGAAGUCCUUUAAUCUAGUGGGUAUAUCAGAAGUCCUUUAAUCUAGUGGGUGUAUCAGAAGUCCUUUAAUCUAGUGGGUAUAUCAGAAGUCCUUUAAUCUAGUGGGUGUAUGAGAAGUCAUUUAAUCUAGUGGGUGUAUGAGAAGUCAUUUAAUCUAGUGGGUGUAUGAGAAGUCCUUUAAUCUAGUGGGUGUAUGAGAAGUCCUUUAAUCUAGUGGGUGUAUGAGAAGUCCUUUAAUCUAGUGGGUAUAUGAGAAGUCCUUUAAUCUAGUGGGUGUAUGAGAAGUCCUUUAAUCUAGUGGGUAUAUCAGAAGUCAUUUAAUCUAGUGGGUGUAUGAGAAGUCCUUUAAUCUAGUGGGUGUAUGAGAAGUCCUUUAAUCUAGUGGGUGUAUCAGAAGUCCUUUAAUCUAGUGGGUAUAUCAGAAGUCCUUUAAUCUAGUGGGUGUAUGAGAAGUCCUUUAAUCUAGUGGGUAUAUCAGAAGUCCUUUAAUUACAUUUACAUUUACGUCAUUUAGCAGACGCUCUUAUCCAGAGCGACUUACAAAUUGGUGCAUUCACCUUAUAGCCAGUGGGAUAACCACUUUACAAUGUUUUUUUUUUUUUUUUUUGGGGGGGGGGGGUGGGGUAAGGGGGGAUAGAAGGAUUACUUUAUCCUAUCCCAGUUAUUCCUUAAAGAGGUGGGGUUUCAAAUGUCUCCGGAAGGUGGUGAGUGACUCCGCUGUCCUGGCGUCGUGAGGGAGCUUGUUCCAACAUUGGGGUGCCAGAGCAGCGAACAGUUUUGACUGGGCUGAGCGGGAACUAUGCUUCCGCAGAGGAAGGGGAGCCAGCAGGCCAGAGGUGGAUGAACGCAAUGCCUUCGUUUGGGUGUAGGGACUGAUCAGAGCCUGAAGGUACGGAGGUGCCGUUCCCCUCACAGCUCCAUAGGCAAGCACCAUGGUCUUGUAACAGAUGCGAGCUUCAACUGGAAGCCAGUGGAGUGUGCGGAGGAGCGGGGUGACGUGAAAGAAUUUGGGAAGGUUGAACACCAGACGGGCUGCGGCAUUCUGGAUGAGUUGUAGGGGUUUAAUGGCACAGGCAGGGAGCCCAGCCACAGUGAGUUGCAGUAAUCCAGAGGGAGAUGACAAGUUGCCUGGAUUAGGACCUGUGCCGCUUCCUGUGUAAGGGCAGGGUUCCGUACUCUCCGAAUGUUGUAGAGCAAUGAACCUGCAGGAUCGGGUCACCGCCUUGAUGUUAGCGGAGAACGACGGGUGUUGUCAGGGUCACGCAAGGCUCUUCGCACUCUGGGAGGAGGACACAACGGAGUGUCAACCGUGAUGGCGAGAUCAUGGAACGGGCAGUCCUUCCCGGGAGGAAGAGCAGCUCCGUCUUGCCAGGUUCAGCUUGAGGUGGUGAUCCGUCAUCCAUACUGAUAUGUCUGCCAGACAUGCAAGAGAUGCGAUUCGCCACCUGGUUAUCAGAAGGGGAAGGGGGUAUGAGAAGUCCUUUAAAACUAGUGGGUGUAUGAGAAAAGUCCUUUACAUCUAGUGGGUGUAUGAGAAGGUUCUUUAAUCUAGUGGGUGUAUGAGAAGUCCUUUAAUCUAGUGGUGGGUCCUUAAUCUAGUGGGGUAUAGCAGAAGUCCCUUUAAUCUAGUGGGUGUAAUGAGAAGUCCUUUAAUCUAGUGGGUGUAUGAGAAGUCCUUUAAACUAGUGGGUGUAUGAGAAGUCCUUUAACUAGUGGGUGUAUGAGAAGUCCUUUAAUCUAGUGGGUGUAUGAGAAGUCCUUUAAUCUAGUGGGUGUAUGAGAAGUUUUCAAACAAAGUGUAAUGUAUUAUUUAUCACAGCCGUACGGUGGUAUAUGGGUAGGCUUUGUAACAUGGGGUAUUUGAUUGACAUUCUCUCUACUUGUUGACAAACUCUCUCCUUUCUCCAAACUCUCUACCUACACGUACUACUCUACCUCACAAUGCUAUUAUAAGAAACCCAACAUCAGAAACAAUUUUCCUGUGGAGUCAGCCUUGAAUACUUCAAACCACAAGUGAUCUAUCUGGCACUCAGAACCAACAAAGAACGCGUUGAUUAACUCUCAGUCUGGUCCAAUCUGUUUGUCUGUGUGGAACUCGGAACCAGAAUGUUGUGUUGUAGAAUAGAUGGAAUAUGAUUUUUGUCCUGAAAUGUGUUUUCUCCCAAACUAGUUGCCAAACUGCAGAGUUUGAUUGUUAUCGAUUUAGGAAAGUAUUGAUUUGAAAUUAUGUUUAAGAGAGUAAGAUUUGAACCAACGUCAUGUUAUUCAUCUGUCGUAGAUCCUGAAUCCUAUAGGUUUAAUGAAAGGUGGGAUCUAUAAUUAUCAGCUAGAUAAUGUUGUAUCUAUGGUCCUGUGUAAUGAGUGAUCAGCUAAACGAUUGUGACUACAUCAAGUCAGUCAACGGUAUCAACCUGACCAAGCUGAUGUCAAUUGAUAUAAUGAUAUGAUAAUCAUAUAGAUAAUUUAUGUUUUAUUUAUGUCUUUAUGUUCCUGUCCUAGGAGUGAUCAGUUGAACGUGGGCGACUACAUUAAGUCAGUGAAUGGUAUCAACCUGACCAAGCUGAGACAUGAAGAGAUCAUCAGUCUGUUGAAGAACGUGGGAGAGCGAGUGGUGCUGGAAGUGGAGUAUGAACUGCCCCCAUCAGGUAGGAGGCUGAUUAUUGUUCUUGGGUUGUAGUCUGAAUUCAAACUCCACCCCUAGCUCCUAUACCUGCUAGGCACAUCUGUAGGAAAGGAUUGGAUUUGUCCCAAAAAUAUGGUGAAAUGCCACCUAUCCUAUCAAAGGCCGAGCUGGAUCUUUUACCAUACUGCUAAUACUACCAAUCUAAUCUCCUGAUAUCUAAACUCAGGUCUAUAGGAGUGCCCGGGGGGGGGCAGGGACCAGGGGGCAGGGACCAGGGGUCAAUCUGGAACUUGGCGGUAAUGUGAGUUUUCUCAACCACAUGACCUGCUCAGGGAAAAACUACAGGUCCCAGUUAUCACCUUCUGCCUAGAGUUUGACCUGCUCAGGUCACGUGGUCUGCCAGUCUGACAUUAGGGUUGCCAGUAAGACGCCAGUGUGUUCCCUGACCUUCCAUUGUAGUAAAACAGACAGUUAACACAGCCAAUUGAACUUUACAAGCCUAACCGAAUCUGCCUGACCUUUGUGAUUUGUAAUAAUGAAUCUGUCUAUUUAUCUUUGCUGUCCGCUGGUUCCUGGUAGCGAGCCCAGUAAAACCUGUGAUUUAAUGGUGGUGACAUCAUUUAUAAGCCUCUCCCUUCCUGUAUCUCUCUCUCUCUCUCUCUCGCUCACUCUCUCUCUCUUUCUCUCUCUUCUCUCUCUCUCUCUCUCUCUCUACUUCUCUCUCUCUCUCUCUUCUCUCUCUCUCUCUCUCUCUCUCUUCUUCCUCUCUCUCUCUCUUCUCUUUCUCUCUCUCUCCUCUCUCUCUCUCUCUCUCUCUCUCUCUCUCUCUCAUUUCUGUCUCUCUCUCUCUCUCUCUCUCUCUCUCUCUCUCUCACCCCCAGCACCAGACAGUACCUCAGGCGUGAUUUCCAAGACAAUGGAGAUAUGUUUGCACAAAGAAGGCACCAGCUUCGGCUUUGUCAUGAGAGGUACUACGCUAUGCAUUCAUUACGCAGGCUGCGUCUGAAAUGGCUCCCUAUAUAGGGCUCUGGUCAAAAGUAGUGCACUAUGUAGGGAAUAGGGUGCCAUUUGGGAUACAGCCUAUCCAUUCAUUACACAUGUGUCAAACUCAUUCCACGGAGGGCCGAGUGUCUGCGGGUUUUUGCUCCACCCCUUGUACUUGAUUGAUGAAUUAAGGUCACUAAUUAGUAAGGAACCUCACCUCACCUGGUUGUCUAGGUCUUAAUUGAAUGGAAAAACCAAAAACCCGCAGACACUCGGCCCUCCGUGGAAUGAGUUUGACACCCCUGAUAUACACAGACAAACCUAGUACCCUCCCGUUUCCACUACAGUCAUGGUUGAUUGUGUUCCAGUCACAGCUGACCCAUAAAGGAGAACACUCAAAUUAAUUUAAGCUAGCCUCAGCAGUCCACCAAUUGGAAAUGCUAAUUUCUUAACAAUGCAAUCCACAGAUCAAUAAAAGACAAAAGUAAUUUAGGCUGUAGGGAAAUCAAUCCAAUAUUUACAGCACAGUUAGCAUGGAAAAUCUGUUUUAACUGUGGAUGUCAGAAAAGAUUAGCGAAACUGAGUAAAAUAUUCUUCAACACAAAUAUUCUUGAGAUUCUUCAAUGCAUACUUUUAUUAGACAAUAGUUUUGAUGCAAAUGAAUAUACUGUAUAUAACAUAAUAUAUGCCAUUUAGCAGAUGCUUUGUCCAACUUACAGUCAUGUGUGAAUACAUUUUUCAUGUGGGUGGCCCCGGUGGGAAUCGAACCCACGAUCCUUGGCGUUGCAAGCACCAUGCUCUACCAACUGAGCCACACAGGACCAAAUCGAUGUUGGUCAGGCAGAUGCCCUAUUAAAAGUGAUGACUGUAUUACCAAACCACUUCCUCAAGCGGUCUGUUUUAUGUGAUGUUUCAGGGGGCUCACACGAAGACUGGAACAAAGCUCGCCCCCUUGUGGUGACAUACGUCAGACCAGGAGGUCCUGCAGACAGGUAA